AUGAAACAUUUGAUAUUGGUUUUGCUUCUUUUAAGUGGGGUGUUGAUUGGGAAAGAGAUCAAUGUUGGGAGUGACUACGAAUGUGAAUGCUUACAACUGAUGGUGCAGGAUGACUGCAUAAAAUAAGGUUGUCAGUGGAAGGAUGGAGUAUGCCAAGUGAAGUUAAAAUAGGAGAUAAUAUAUGAAGGAGAUAGUGAAACAUUUUGUUCUCAAUUUAAUUAGCAGAAUUGUAGUAGUUAAUCAGGAUGUGCAUUUUUGGUUGACAAAUGUGUUGAGUUUAGUGCAUGUAAUGUAUAUCUACAGAUUACAAAUGAAUUAUGCUAAGCAAUAUCUCGAAAGUGUAUAACAGACGGAGAGAAAUGUGUGGAAAUAGGACAGUGUUCUGAUUACAAGACAGCUUUAUCAUGUGGAUAAGAUACAGAAGGGAACUAUUGUUAUUGGGAGAAUGAGAUUUGUUAAAAGAGUUUGGAAUGCGGAUAAUUGCCAAAAUCAUUGAAAAGUGAUGCUGAAUGCAGAGAAGUGAAUAGUGAUUGUACAGUGUCAUCUUAAGGUGGAUGUUAAUUGAGUGGAUGGGCUUGUUCAAAUCAGGAAGGUGAAUAACAGUGCGUUUGGGAUAGAUUCAUGCAGGUGAAAUGUAAUUGGAAUGGUGUGUCUUGUGCCAACAGAUCAUGUUAAUCUGCUCCCAUCAGUAUAAAGAAUAAUGAGGACUGCAAUUCUUAUUUAUAAGGAUGUAUCUUAACAAGCGGUGGAGGGUGUGUUGAACUUGGAAAUUGUGUGGAUAUCACAACUAGUGAAGCUUGUAAUGUUGAUAAGAAUGGCAAAUAGUGUUAUUGGAAGGAUUCAUAAUGUGUUGAGAAAGUUUGUAACAAUGCAUCUGAAUUAUUAAGAACAUUCGAGGAAUGCUAACAAUUCUUAAGUGGUUGUGUACCUAAUUUGAAUGGUGGUUGUCAUACUUAUAGUAGAUGUGAAGAUUUUAUUGAUGAAACUAGUUGUUAGAGUGGANACUAGUAACAUCACUGCGCUAUAUAAUCUUUUCAUUUAAUUCGUUUUUGUAAUUAAUGA